AAGUUUCCGGAUUUUGCCCGGAAGUUUGAAAAAUUAAAUUCACUCGAACACUGCGACAGUUAGGAUCUUCAGCGAUCCUUUCCAUGGCGAUCUGUUUCUUCAUCUCUGCCUUCCUCACGUUUCUCUCCGCCGUGUUUCUGCGUCUCUUUAUAUCGGUGAUCGAUUCCAGAAGGAGCAGGAAACGAGCUGUGGGGUUCUUCCAUCCGUACACCAACGACGGCGGCGGCGGCGAGAGGGUGCUGUGGUGCGCCGUCAAAGCCAUCCAGGAGGAGACUCCAGAUCUCGACUGUUUCGUCUUCACUGGAGAUCAUGACUCUUCUUCCGAUAGCUUGGCUCGCCGUGCCGUCGAUCGUUUCGGCGUCCACUUGCUGUUUCCUCCUAAGGUGGUUCAUCUUAAUAAGAGGAAAUGGAUUGAAGAGACCACAUACCCACGUUUCACGAUGGUCGGCCAGAGCCUUGGUUCGGUUUAUCUAGCUUGGGAAGCCUUGCGCAAGUUCACCCCUUUUUAUUUCUUUGAUACCAGUGGAUAUGCUUUCACCUAUCCUCUUGCUCGGCUCUUUGGAUGUAAAGUUAUUUGCUACACACAUUAUCCAACUAUCAGCUUGGAUAUGAUUUCUCGUGUUCAUCAGAGGAACUCCAUGUAUAACAACAAUGCUUCCAUUGCAAAGAGUAAUUUGCUAUCUUCAUGCAAAAUUAUCUAUUACAAAGUUUUUAGCUGGAUGUAUGGGGCAGUUGGCUCAUGCACUCAUCUAGCCAUGGUCAACUCUUCGUGGACAAAGUCCCAUAUUGAAGCGAUUUGGAAAGUUCCCGAUCGAAUUAGGCGGGUUUACCCUCCUUGUGAUACUUCAGGACUUCAGGCACUUUCUCUUAAAAGAUCAUCAGAUCCUCCAAAGAUCAUAUCGGUUGCUCAAUUUCGCCCAGAGAAGGCUCAUAUGCUUCAACUCGAGGCCUUCUCACUAGCCUUAGAGAAGUUAGAUCCACACCUUCCUCGACCCAAGCUCCAGUUUGUAGGCAGUUGCCGGAACCAAUCAGACGAAGAACGUCUUCAGAAACUGAAAGACAGAUCAGUUGAACUAAAAGUGGAUGGGGAUGUGGAAUUCUACAAAAACGUUAUGUAUAGGGACCUUGUUACGCUACUGGGAAAUGCAGUUGCAGGAAUACACUCCAUGGUAGACGAGCAUUUUGGCAUCAGUGUUGUCGAGUACAUGGCUGCAGGAGCCAUCCCGAUAGCUCACAACUCAGCUGGUCCGAAAAUGGACAUCGUGUUGCAAGAAAACGGACAGAGAACAGGGCUUCUCGCCCAGACCGUGGAGGAAUAUGCCAAUGCCAUCCUCGAGAUUGUGAAGAUGUCAGAAACCGAUAGGCUCAAGAUGGCUGAAGCCACGAGAAAACGGGCGGCAAAGUUCUCCGAACAGCGGUUUUUUGAUGACUUCAAAACCGCCAUCCGACACAUUUUCACUAGCUCUUCGAAAUGACAGCUUCAAGCCCUCAAUAUUUGCGGAUCAUAUACUAACUUACACAAAAACAUUUCUAAGGUACCCUCCUUUUGUUUUUAUUCAUUUCAUUCUUUGCAGCCGACAGAAGAAAGACGUAUUUGUUUUUUCCUUUGUUACCAGAGAUACAAAUGCAAGUUUUUAAGAAAGAUAUGUAUCAGAUCGCACAUAAACGACAAGCACUUCCUAUCUCAAACCUUGAAACGGCAAGGUGUCUCGAUGUGGCCAUGUUUCACUUCUCUGGUAAACCUCCUCUCUUUCGUCUUGAAUCGUCCACUUAUCCUCAUUCAAUUGCUCAAACGGUUUGAGUUCUUCUCCAUUUCGGAUCUUCUUGAUUGAUGCUAUGGAGAUCACGUACUUGUUCUUACGGAAUUUAUUUCUUCUUGUUGAGGGAAAAAUAGAAACCCAUUUCGAUA